AUGGGCUGGGCCGGUGCGAGAUUCGAGGAGGACCCUGGAGUCUUCAGAUUUCCCAAAGUGACUCCCCUGGUUAAGGAAGAGACACCACAAACAGCGGGUGUCCCAGACAGGGAGCAAGACUUAGCCCCAUCUACCCCAAGUGCUGGAGCACUUCCCCCCGUGCCUGCCGCGGGCACUGCAGAUGCAGACAGCCAGCUUGACACCAUUGAAGCUGUUGGGAAAUCUGAGGGUCCGGAGGCCGUGAACCCUGACACUGAAGCUUUGCCAUCGGCUGAGUCCCAGGCAGUGACCGAGGGGGAUUUGAUAGACUGCUCAAGAGACCUGCAGGCUCCACUGGUCCCGCCCUCCCCAGGAAGCAGUGUGACCUGCUUGCCUGGCGCCCCCACAGUGGCCCUGGGGAGAAGACAUCUGGACUCCAGUCUGUACACAGCCUGUGAGGAGAACGCCUACAUGCGCUCCGUGACCAGCUUGCUGGGAGGGGGCGAGGGGUCCAUCAGCUCCCUGGCAGACAUCCUGGUCUGGUCUGAGGCCACCAUGAGCAUGGCCACGGGCCUCCUGGCCUCGGGACACAGCUCCGCAGACCUGCUGCACAGCCCAGGGCCCAGCCUGCGCUCGGUCUCCAGCAUCCUGGGGAACGCCAGGUCGGCCUUCUCCUCCGGGCUGGUAGCCAGGACUGGCUCGGUCCUUCGCUCUGUCAACUGCAUGCUGGAGCGGACGGAGCAGAGGACUGUAGAAGGCAUCCGCUCAGCCAUGUGUUACAUGACCAGCCAACUCACCCACUCUGGCCCCAACUAUGACUAG